UGUGGGCGUGUUUUGCGUUGUGGUGUUGCGGUGCUUGUGCACACUCGGUGCGUUGUGAAAGUCAGUGACAACAUGGAGACACGCUCCCUGGGAAAGUAAGGAGACACACUGAGUGCAAACAACUUUUACCUGAGGAGAGAGGAGCCUGGCGUUCACCUGAAACAGUGUCGGUAAAUGUUUCAACAUCAAAGACUUUGAACAACGUCGUUUUUUUUUUUUUUUUUUUUUUUUGCUACGUCAGAAAAUACCCUUUUAUGGGCUCGCGACUCCUAACGACCAUGAGCUCACCGGACAGGUGCGUGGACAGGUUAAUUAACGGCGACGUUUUGUUUUGACGUUCGCACCUGAAUGGAAAGGUGUGUUUUGCUCAGAAAUAUAAUUUAAAAAUUAAUAAUAAUUAAAAAAAAACAUGGAGCAGGAGCGUUUUCUGGCGUGUGGUGAAAGUCAGUCGUCGUCAGGUUCACACACCUUAUCCGAGGGAGAGGAAGAAAUAACGGCUGUGAUGGACGUGAACGCUCCGGGAGAUGGAGAGGAUGGUCACAACUCCACCGAGGUGGAGGAGGUGGAGGAGGAGGAGGAGGAGGAAAGUGAGGACGAGGACGAGAAGUUGGACAACAUCCUCUACCCUCCCUCCACAUCCCUCAGGAAGUCCAGUAUCCCCGACUUGACUAUUGGACUAAGUCCCGCUCUCAAAUUUAGGCGACAUCUCAGCGACGAUGGAAAAAACGUUCGAAGACGGAGCCUGGGGGGCGGCCUCACAGGAAAGUACCUCCUGCUACCCACCAACCCCCAGCAGACACAGACCGCAUGGCAGCCGUCAUCCGAGAUCUCCAACCUGGUCCGUAUGUGUUCCCUGAACCUCGGAAAGUCGGACCCCUCCCUCACCUCCAGCCUGAAAGAGCUGAGUCUUCCCAGAAGAGGCAGUUUCCUCACUCCCCGAAGCUUGAGCCCCACUCCCACUAGCCCCUGCAGCCCGUGCAGCCCGCUGCACGCAUUUCAUUUUUGGAGCUGCAGAACGAGCAACAGAAAAAGCCUGAUAGGAAGCGGUCAGUCUUCAGGUUUACCACGACCUCACUCCCCUCUCUCAUCUCUCACAGGAACGAGCCCACAGGACAGUCCUAGAAAUUUCUCUCCUAGUGCCUCUGCUCAUUUCUCCUUUGCACGAAGUCAUUGCCACAGAGCAGACAGGACCGAUGGUCGCCGCUGGUCGUUGGCCUCCCUUCCCUCCUCUGGAUAUGGAACCAACACGCCCAGCUCCACCGUCUCUUCAUCCUGUUCAUCACAGGAGAAGCUGCACCAGCUGCCCUUCCAGCCUACGCCCGAUGAACUGCACUUCCUCUCCAAGCACUUCUGCACAGAGAGCAUCUCCGGGGAUGAAUGCCGCAGAGCGGCGGCCAUGCGACCCCGCUCGCGCAGUCUCAGCCCUGGAAGAUCUCCGUCGUGUUACGACCAUGAGAUUAUUAUGAUGAAUCACGUCUACAAGGAGCGGUUUCCUAAGGCCACAGCUCAGAUGGAGGAAAGGAUUCAGGACAUCAUCCGCAGCAACUCUCCGGAGAGCGUCCUCCCUUUGGCAGAUGGUGUGCUCGGCUUUGCCCACCACCAGAUAAUUGAACUGGCCCGUGACUGCCUGGAGAAGAGCCGGCUAGGACUCAUCACCUCCAGCUACUUCUGCGAGCUCACCGACAAGCUGGAGAGGCUUGUUCAGGAGUCCACGGAGAGAUCGGAGAGCGAGGAGGUGAACUUCAUCAGAGAGCUGGUGAAGAAGAUCCUCAUAAUCAUCGCCCGACCUGCUCGACUGCUGGAAUGUCUGGAGUUUGACCCAGAGGAGUUCUACCACCUUUUGGAGGCCGCUGAAGGACACGCUAAAGAGGGCCAGGGCAUCAAGUCGGACAUCCCUCGUUACAUCAUCAGCCAGCUGGGACUCACGAGGGAUCCUCUGGAAGAAAUUGCUCAGCUGACCAGCUGUGAUAGCGGCAUUGCAGAAACCCCAGAAACGGAUGACUCCUCUCAGAGCCUCAGCACAGCCCUGCGGUCGCGGCGUAAACCCUGUGAAUUGGACUUCGAGAUGACAAAACUCAUCAGCAACGGCGCCUACGGAGCUGUUUACCUGGUUCGGCACAAGGAAACGAAGCAGCGCUUCGCCAUGAAAAAGAUCAACAAACAGAACCUGAUUUUAAGGAAUCAGAUACAGCAGGCCUUCGUGGAGAGAGACAUCCUCACCUUUGCUGAGAACCCCUUUGUGGUGUCCAUGUACUGCUCCUUUGAGACGCGGCGACACCUGUGCAUGGUCAUGGAAUAUGUCGAAGGUGGAGACUGUGCCACUCUUUUGAAGAACAUGGGUCCUCUGCCUGUGGAUAUGGCCCGGAUGUACUUUGCAGAGACAGUACUGGCUCUGGAGUAUCUCCACAACUAUGGCAUCGUGCACCGGGACCUCAAACCAGACAAUUUGCUGGUUACUUCGAUGGGUCACAUCAAGCUGACAGAUUUCGGGUUGUCCAAAGUUGGACUGAUGAACAUGACGACUAACCUGUACGAGGGUCACAUAGAGAAAGAUGCCCGGGAGUUCUCUGAUAAGCAGGUAUGUGGAACCCCGGAGUACAUCGCACCAGAGGUGAUCCUCAGACAGGGCUACGGGAAGCCGGUGGACUGGUGGGCUAUGGGCAUCAUCCUGUACGAGUUCCUCGUGGGCUGUGUGCCUUUUUUUGGAGACACACCAGAGGAGCUGUUCGGACAGGUCAUCAGUGACGAGAUCAACUGGCCUGAAGGAGAAGACGCUCCUCCUCUUGACUCCCAGGAGCUCAUCACCUUGCUGCUCAGGCAGAAUCCUCUGGAGAGGAUGGGCACAGGUGGAGCUGCAGAAGUGAAGCAGCAUCAGUUUUUCCACAACCUGGACUGGAACAGCCUGCUGAGGCAGAAGGCUGAGUUCAUUCCUCAGCUGGAGUCUGAAGACGACACCAGUUACUUUGACACUCGCUCCGAGAGAUACCAUCACCUGGAGACGGAGGAAGAGGACACGAACGACGAAGACUUCAACGUGGAGCUGCGGCAGUUCUCCUCGUGUUCGCACAGAUUCUCUAAGGUUUACAGCAGCCUGGAUUUGUCCCGUGGGCACCUGGAGGAGAAGGGCGAGACGGAGGGGAAGAAGAGCGAGAGUCCGCUGACUGUUGACUCUCUCAGCUGGACGCCAGACUUUACUGAAAUGCCGUCGCUGUCCCACUCGACGGACACAGACAGCGCGAAUCAGGGUCCUCGCCCCAACCUGCUACCAAAGUUUGCCAUCUCGGCAGAGAGUGAAGGAGACGAGACAUCGGGCCUCGGCGACCCCAGCAAGAUCUCCUUCUCCAUCGGAGAGCUCCCGCAGGACGAGCCUAACGCUACAACUCCAGGCAGCACCCACAGUGGAGCCACGCUCUCCGGGAGUUUCUCAGAACAUCUGGACCAGCUGACGCCCAGAGGUGAAGGCGAGGAGAGCCCCGACAGCACCAGUCAUAACUCUGCAGACCAGGCGGUUCAGACGAACUCUCCACGGGCCGAGAGCUCUGCGGAAAAGACCAGCGCUGUGGCAAAAGUGCCGAAGUCGGUCUCGACCGGAGCCCUGUCACUGAUGAUCCCCGGGGAUAUCUUCGGGGUGUCUCCGCUGCCCAGUCCCCUGUCUCCUUACUCCCUCUCCUCAGACCCUUCCUCAAGAGACUCCUCUCCGAGCCGGGACUCCUCCCUCUGUACCACCAACCCGAGGCAGCCUGUCGUCAUCCACAGCUCAGGGAAGAAGUUUGGCUUCACGCUGAGGGCAAUCCGGGUGUACGCCUGUGACAGCGACAUCUACACCGUCUACCAUAUGGUCUGGAACGUAGAAGACGGCGGGCCCGCACACAAAGCAGGACUCAAAGCCGGAGACCUCAUCACCCACGUGAACGGAGAGUCCGUUCACGGUCUCGUCCACACUGAAGUGGUGGAGCUCCUGGUCAAGAGCGGUAGUAAAGUCGCCAUCUCCACAACCCCGUUUGAAAACACUUCAAUAAAAACCGGCCCAGCCAGGAGGAACAGCUACAGGAGCAAGAUGGUGCGAUGUGCCAAAAAACCCAAGAAGGAGAGGACGCCAGAAAGGCGGCGCUCCCUCUUCAGGCGCUUUGCCAUGCAGCCGUCUCCUCUCCUGCACACGAGCCGCAGUUUCUCCUCUCUGAACCACUCCCUGUCAUCUGGUGAGAGUCUCCCUGGCUCCCCUACCCACAGUCUCUCCCCUCGUUCCCCCACCGCCGCCUUCCGCCCUGCACCAGAUUUCACCCAGUCAGGUGGAAACUCCUCUCAGAGUAGCUCUCCCAGCUCCAGCGCUCCAAACUCCCCUGCAGGCUCAGGCCACAUUCGUCCCAGCACUCUGCACGGCCUCGGCCCCAAACUGCCAGGUCAAAGGCUUCGUCAGGGGCGCCGCAAAUCUGCCGGCAGCAUUCCCCUUUCACCUCUGGCUCGCACGCCUUCACCUACCCCUCAGCCGACGUCUCCCCAGCGCUCACCCUCUCCCCUUCUUAGCGGCCAUCCUGUUGCCAUUUCCAAGACAACGCAAGCUUUCCCAGCCAAGAUACAUUCCCCACCCACAAUUGUGCGUCACAUCGUGCGCCCCAAAAGUGCUGAGCCGCCUCGCUCGCCCCUCCUAAAGCGCGUUCAGUCUGAGGAGAAGCUGUCCCCUUCUUACACAGGAGAAAAGAAGCACCUGUGCCCCAGAAAACACAGCUUGGAAGUGACCCAAGAGGAGGUGCAGGACGAGGAACUGAGGCCUGGGGAGCGGGAUUACACCAUCUUGCAGAGCGUGGAAGAAACAGCCUGCGAGCCGCCAGCGAUCACCCGCGUACGACCUGUCGAGCAGGGCUGCUUAAAGCGGCCCGUCGGCCGCAAGAUGGGCCGGCAGGAGUCUGUCGAGGAGCUCGACAAGGAAAAGCUGAAGUCCAAGAUGGUUGCGAAGAGGCAGGACUGGUCAGAGAGGAGGGAGUCUCUGCAGAAACAAGACGCCCUGCGUGAUCCUGACCCAUCCCCCCUGUGUGGUGAUGACAGGGAUGAAAGUUUUCUGGCCAGGGGCCAAAACAAAAGCAGCCCAGACUCCGGCCCUGCAGAGGCCAAAGCUGCUAGCACGACCCUUAAAGACGUGCUGUACAAGAAACUCACCACUCGUGUCUCUGAAGGCAUCGCUGACACGUCCAGCAGCAGCGGUGAAAGUGACGGAGGACUCAGGUCAACUCUCUGCUCUAUUCACCCGGAGUGGCAGCACUCCAGACAGAGUAAAGACAACAUGAAGCCGGACAGACUGGACUUCAAAGCUCCCAACAUCGAGUUCACCAGGAAGAGGCUGUCGUUCGAAGAACGAGAGGACUGCAUGUGUCGCUGCUCCUCCGGCAUCCACGAGAAUCUGCACUUUGGCUCCACCAGGUCCAAGAGCCUCCAGCUGGACACGGCCAUGUCUCAUGACCACAUGAAGGCAGGACUGGGGAGCGUUCACACCAGCCCUGAAGGACUCGCCCCCAAGCUUUUCUCUGGCAGAGGAGAGAGCGCUGUGGAAAAGCUCCAGCUCAUCUCCUCCGCGGAGUCUUCACUUCGAAAGACGUCAUCUGAGUAUAAACUCGAAGGUCGCCACGUCUCCUCUCUCAGACCUCUGGAGGGCACUCUGGAUAUCGGUCUGCUCUCAGGGCCCAGAGUCUCCAAAACAGAAACCUGUUUGUCUAAGAUGGCGGAGAACACAAGCGACACUGUUUCUGUGAGUCCUCCGAUUUGGCUCCAAACCCCUCCGGAGAGACAGAUAACCAUCCCCCAACUGAAAACUACAGACAAACUAAAGAGCCCCCUGACUUGUUCUCCAAACCCCGAAGCUGUUUCUUCUCUAAACAGCAUAGUCACCUCCAAAGAUCAGUCAAAUAAUGCAGCCACAGAGGUGAAACUCAGUGCGAGUGCUGAGAAAACACAGGACAGACAGAGCGAACCAUUAAAGGCUCAAACCAGCAAAGUGGAGGCGUCAACUUUUACCGUGAAACAAGAGAGCCGGACGGCCAUGAAGGCCGGUUCAUCACUGGCUCAUGAACAUCGAGGCCCUCGGCACAGCUCCCACUUCUCCUCCUGUGGAAAAACACCCUCCAUACGGGAAGUGAGCAACGAGGAUCAGGAGGAUGAAGUGGAGCAGCAGGAAGUCACACCACACACUACAUCACAAAACACUGACAGCUCCAAGACAGUAGUCUCUUUGACUUGGGCAAAGCCGGAGGUAAACAUAAAGACUGUGGAGGCUCCGGCUCCAGCUGCCAGUGAGCCGUUACUUGUGUCAGUGAAGCAGAGUACAAACUGUGGUUUGGAUACAGGUCAGCGUCAGAGCUGUGAGAAGAAAGCAGCACAGAGCUCAAACACCACCUCCGUUUCUAAGGUGCAGAACAGCUCUGCGUCUGUGCGCGCUCCAGAGAACGAGCUUUCAAAACAGCAGCUGGCGAACAUCUGCUCUUCAAAUACAGAACCGCAGGUUUCCAUCACAUCAGCAUCUGCUUCAACGCGUGAGGAUAAAACCUGCAGUUUAAAAGCUGAAGGUCAGGACGGCUCGGAAAGAUCUGUUAGCAAGGACGGCGUGCAGGCGAGCAGAUCAGCUGUGAAGGCGGUCAGCAAGGGUGGCGGCUCGGGCUCCAAGGAGGACGUCAACACAUGUGGCACAGCUGCAAAAGUUGAGCAGAAGAGAGAAGUUUCUACAGUAAAUAUGGUCGCCGUGUUAAAUAAUGUUACUUUGAGUGUAAAUAAAAAGGAGAAAACUGUGUCUACUGGUGCAAUAGAGAGCGGCAGCGCGUCGCUGCAGAAAAAAGAGGCUGCCACAUCACCAAAGAUUAAGAAUGUGAAGGAUUCAGAGCAGCCAAUGAAAACCAAUCCAGCUGAGAAAGCACAGCACAAAUCAUCAGAUUCAGAGUACGGCACCGCUAAAAAAGAAGAACCUGUGAUCAGUUCAGCUGAAAAAGUCAAGUCAAGGCCUGACCCACAACCUGUAGCACACACCGCUGUGAAGACGGAGAAGGAGACCAAAAUACUUGAAGUGAAAUCUCCUGUCCCGGCACAGGGCAGUCCGAAUCCCAAACAGAGAGAUCUGUCUAAAGAAUCAAACUCUCAAGUUGCCCAUGAUUUUAAACACAAAGAGGCGUCGGUGCCGUCCACUGGAGCCGACGUAAAGCGGGAGGAGUCAGUGCAGCUGACACCUUCAAGACAAACCCAGCCCAAAAGCCCUGUAGCAAUCUCAGCUGAUAUCGUAAAAGAAACUCCCGACUUGAAGCCCAAAACUGCCCCCACAUCAUCAACUCUAAAGACUUCUGUAGCUCCCACACCUGUCAAACAAAGUCCUGAUGCCAAACAUAAAGACCCCUCACCCAGAAAUCAAGCCCCGUUCGUUAAAAGCUAUCACGACUCCAAGCCAAAACUCGUCCCUUCACCUGUUGCCACUCAGCUGCCGUCAGAUGUUCCCUCACAGCCCGAUCUGCCGGCAGUGCUGCUGAAACCUGCAGCCAAAAAAGAAACAUCAAGCGGCAGCAGCGCCGUCGUCUCAGGCCGGAUCUCCAGCUGUGCACCACAGGAGACCGUAAGCAAGGUGGUAUCCAAGGAGGGCCCCAAGUGUGAAUCUCUUAAACCGGACAGUAACAAGGGCCCGGAUACCAGAACGACCGUCCCAGACAACAAACAGGUGACCUCCGGCAAGAAGGAGCCGGCUGAGAGGAAGAAAAAAGAAACCGUCCAGGAGGCGACGUCCGCACAGAGAAACACAAAAAGAGACGCGAGGGCUGCUCCGCCUGCUCCGCCUGCACCGAAAGACACUGCAGACAAAGACACUGGCAGGUGCAAGCAGCAGAAGGAGUCACCACGUAGUAACAAAAAGUAAAAGAGCAGCCGGCGCCAUCGCUCCAGAGAUGUAAUCAAAUGUUAGAAAUGGUUUGUGCAAACAUCAUCAUGCCUUCUUUUCUUUUCCUUUGUUUUGUUUUUGUUUGAGGACCGGGCAAGCUGUUACAUGCUGAUAGAGAGAUGUGUGUGUGUGUGUGUGCGUGUGUGUGCAGUGUGCGUGUGUGCGUGAUAAAUAAGAAGAUAACACACGUAGGUCUGAAUGUAGGCGAUCAUUUGAUGAUAAUUUCUCAAGUUUUACUUUUAAUGUCAAUCGAAUGUUCGGGACGUUUUCGUUUGUGUUUCUCGCAGAAUGCUUUUGUGCAAUCAGUACGUCAGGGGCAAAUAGGGUAAGUAGCCUUACAAAGGUUGUGAUGUACUGUAGAGUCAGUGCCAUAAAAGAUUUUGAAUUGCACUCUUUACUCGUAGACUCGGAGGACCUGAUGUCUUUUUAAUGCAGUAGACCACACGAUUUUUUGCGCAGCAAAACUUAGCACGGUUGUUUCUGUUCGGCGUAAUCCGAUUCUUUGUUUUUUCUUUUCUUUUGAAGUUGGGUUUUGUGCAGUGGUACACAGAGGGAACGCACUAAGUCCUGUGCUUUUCAACCUAAAACUCAAAAAGAAAAAGAAAAUCCAGAAUCAUCUCACGGUUCUAGAAAUCAUAAAUUAGUGAAGGGGCCUUAGGAUUAUAGAAAUUAAACUUGCUGUUCUUAGCAAGCUGUGGUGUUUAUUCACAUUCCUCUGACAUCUGUACAUAUAUUUUUGAUUUUUAUGCAAUAGGGUGUAAAUAUGAUAACACUGUAAAACGGGGAUACAUGGGGCUUACAUGAUUGUCGUCUGUAUUAUAUGUAUAGUUUUUUUUUUUUCAUUCGUUCGUACGCUCGACGUUAGAGCGUCACGCUCUGCUUGAUAACUCUGUGGUCUAAAAGUAAGCUACCGUGAUGUAUCUCGUCAAAAGGCAUCCUCCGCUUUGUGACCUUUCACAUGUUUUCACAUGUUCCAAAAUGAACUUGAAAAGAGAGAGACAGUGAGUGAGAGAGAGAGAGAGAGGUGGAAAAGGCGUGAGAGGGGCUUUUUCUGAAAAAAAAAAUGUAGCAUUAUUUAACAAAACUGUGAGGGCUGUCAGCGUUUCCCAAGAAUGUCUUUGUGAUGUGUUUUUGCUGGCUGGCUGUGGUUUGAAGAGUGAUGACUGUGUAAAAUAUGAAAUAUCAUGUAUGAUUAAUGAGAUGAGCCAGCAGUUCUUCAUACGUUUGCCAGUAAUUACUAAGGCUGGGGGGAAAAAUGAUGAUACCACUAUGAAUACCAAUACCCCCAGAGAUGAUAUCGACACCUUAUUUUUUGGUUUGUUUCUGGCCCGGCGCAGCCAUGAGCUGUUUUAUCACGUUAACCAUAUCCCCACAUUUUAUGCAUUUUUAUUUUAAAUGUUUUGGUGGCACGCUGAACUUCCAGCUGCCAGAUGCACCACGAGACGGUGGAGAAACACUUGCUGUGAUUGGCUGCAAGCGAAACCACGCAGUCAUUUCUGUCUAGAUUUGUUCACAGGUUUCCAUACGACUUGUUUAUUUCAGUCGAGUACUCGUUACCCAGCCCUGAUAAUUACUGCGGUGGAUGUGUGAAGGCCUUGGGCGUCGUCUCCCGUUGUGUCCAUGUCUGUGCAGAGUGCCAUAGGGUCAGUCAUGUGAGUGACACAAGGUCAGACUGUGACCACAGAGUGCGUCACCGUCCUGGUUCUCAUGUCAGGCGUCAGUCAUGUGUCUGGAUCUCAAAGGACUCUUCAUAAAGAGCAGCAGCUGGCUCGAAGCUUCACCUGGCUUAAAGGUUUUUACACGAGGAUUCCCGAUGAUUUGCCUGGCAUAGUUCGUGUCCAUGACAUACAUCCGAUGUUAACGUGCGAAUACAUGGUACUACACAUAUAGGCUGUCAUAUAUCCGCGUUCACUCUGAGCAAUUUACACGUGUUUCUAUACUGUAGAUGCCUUUUAAAUUGCAAAACCCUAAAGGACAACCAGAAAGUAGCCUAGGACACUAAAUAUGUAAUGCAGUAUUUUUGCUCUGUUGUGCUCAAAAACAAUACUCUUGUCUACUACAUAUACUCUAUGUUGAUGAGUCAAAAAGAAGAAAAAAAAAAGACUUCAUUUAACAUGACACAGAAUAUAGUUUAUCUAAACGGCAUAACAUGAACCACGCGAGACCGACUGCAGAGAUUUUAAAUGCUGAAAAAGAAUCAGACGUCGUAAAUGUAUCGUGAGAGAAGAAAUGCACCUUAAUGUUCAGUUCAAAGGCUGAGAAGAAGAGUCAAAAACUGGAACUGAGACUGGUUUAUGAAUCCCCCCCACUCGUCCUGAUUUCAAUGAAUCACUGAAUUUUAUUUGAACAAUUCAACUUUUUUUUCCUUUCCUGUGAUGACUGACAUCUAAAAUCCUCAAAGCACAUUCAAUGUUUGUUUACAAAGCAUCAUGGAUGUAUAUUUUGUAUAUUGUUGAUUUGCCAAAUCUAUGUUCUGUGUCACAGAUAAUGUUGUUUAUAGUAUAGUGUGAGACUUUUGCUCCCUUUGCCACAAGGAUGUGUAAUAAGAACAUUUGUUUGUGCAGUAAUCAAUGUCUUUUCACAUGUCAGGUUCUUCUUCGUCUGCUUGUCUGUUCAUUUCUUUUUUUUUUCUCCUUCUUCCUCUGUGCAAAACUAGUAUUAGAUGAACUUGCUUAUGAUGGUUUGUCUUUUAGAAUAUGUGCAAUAAAAGUGUUUUGAGUUUUGUAUUUUGCCCAAGGAAAGCUCUAUGGAUGUCAUAGAUGUUGUAUAUUAAAACAGAUAUUUAUACUUCUAAUGUUGCGUAAUACUGAAAAUAAAAUGGAAUUAUAAAUUAA